AUGGAGGUCAUGGGAAAGUUCAUGCAGGGUGGUGGGAUGGGAGCAUAUGGAGGAGGUGGGCCUGGAGUUAUGAACAAUGGAGCGAUGGGAGGAGGGAUGGGGGCGCAGAUGGCAGGUGGAACGGGCUGGCCGUUUCGAGACGCAAGGGAGUGGACCAUUAGGGAUUAUGAUAGGUUGGGCGAUGUGAUGAAGGAGUAUUAUGACAGAGAACGGGGACGGGGGAAAUGGGCGCCUGGCGAGGGUGGUGGGGUUGGAGCGAUGGGUAUGGGACCGAUGUAUCCUGGUAUGAUGCCCGGGAUGGGCAUGAAUCCACAAAUGAUGGGAAUGGGAAUGCCAGGUAUGAUGCCCAUGAUGCCGAAUAUGCCACCGAAUGGAGAUGGUUCUAGAGGCAGUGGUCACUAUCAACAUCAACACCCAUCAAUGGAAGAAUUCCAACGCCUUCAACAAGACCUCGAGGAGAAAUUCCGGGAGUACAACAGACAUAUGGGCGUCCUCUUCGGCACAGAGCAGGACCGUCAGAAAGAUCAGUAUCGCGCCACGAUGCUCAAGACCCUACAAGAGAUCAUGCCCCAGCUCGCCCUAAUGAUGGCGCAGCAGAGUAUGAGGGGUGGCGUCAAUCCUAUGAUGGGCAUGGGAAUGCCUCCACAGAUGGGUGCGAUGCCUCCACAACAGAUGCCUCAGAACCCUAUGGCAUACGCCCCUCCCAAUCCUGCCAUGAUGGGGAACAUGCAACAAGGACCCCCGCCGACGAUGCAGAGUCCGUAUGUUCAGAACCAGGGAGGAUAUUAUAACGAGCCUGUCCCGCCUCGGAGGCCUUAUAGGAGGAAGAGGUGGCAGGAUCGAUACGAUGACGGCGAUGCGUUCUGUUCUGAUACUGAGCAGAGACGCACGCCGUGGGAUUCUCACCCUCAUCAUGGUCCCGGGCCUGGAAGGUUUGGAAGGAGAGGUGGACCAGACGAGGAUAUGUUGGAUGGUGGAGCUAUGCCUUCGCGUCCUAGACCUGGUGGUCCCUUCGAUGGUCCGCGAGGAGCAGGGGAUGUGUUCCCACGUACGACGCCCAGUCGCUUCGCUUCUCAUGCCCCUCCCAAUACGAUGAGUAUGGCAGAUACCAUGCCACAGACCAUGUCCGGCGCCAUGCACUCUCCACUCCUCAGCCGCAGACCUCUCGAUACACAACCCCCUUAUCCCGAUCCCCUUCCACGACCCGGUUUAGGUCGCUCCAAUACCGCUUUCCGACACCAUCGAUUCGACGACGUUGGGGGUCCAAGUGCAGCUAACGUUAAGAUCAAUGUCGACCCUCAGAUGGAUGCUGGUGCCGAGUAUGGUGGCGGGAUGCUUGGCGAAAUGGGCGGAGCGGGCGGCUUUGGUAGGUCUUCGAUGGGUGACGGCCUAGGUCCAGGAGCGAGUUCGAUGAGGACUGCGACGGGAGGUAUGAGUGGUGGGUAUGUGCCGGAGACGAGUAAGCUGAGUCAAGGGAGGGAUGUGGAGGAUAGGAGAGAUGAGGCGGAUGCGGGACAGGGGAUUGUGGAUCAUACGGGACGGUAG